ACCUUAAGCAUUCAUUAGCUUCGCCUAACAGAUUUACUUCGUUGGACAGCCAGAGAGAGACAGCGACGUAGUAGAAGAAGAGAUAGAUACUAGGCUAGGCUUUCGUUUCGUGGUGAGCCAAAGCGCUACUUGCUACUACUGAGCCGUCGUCAGACCAUAACUAGCUGUUUGGUACCGCUACUACUUAUUUACCAAUAAAUUAGCCAGUGAGGAAGGUUCGGCGAGGGUGCUUUAUCGUGCCGGUUGACAGGAGAAUUACCCCGGGCAACGAUGGUCGUCAAGGUCUACAUAUCGGGGAUCAGCGGCAAUAAAGAAGUAAAAAAAAGGCAGCAACGUGUCUUGAUGAUUCUUGAGAGUAAGAAUGUCGAAUAUACUGUGAUUGAUAUUACUGAGCCAGGAAAGGAAUCUGAAAAAGAAUUUAUGCAAACUCAUAGUAACGCAAAAGAGAGUAAACACCCUCUGCCUCCACAAAUAUUUAACGAGGAUGAAUACUGUGGGGAUUACGAAGAUUUUGAUCUUGCCAAUGAGAUAGAUGAACUUGAAAAGUUCUUGAAGGUAACACCAGCUAUUAGUACUGCAGAGAUCACACUGGAUAAAUCACAAAGUAAAGACAUUCAGCAAAAUGGAAAUGCAUCCAGUCGAGAGCCAUCUACAGAUAAGGAUACUACGGUUCAGCCUGAAAGUUUGGAAGAGAGGAGACCUCUGACAAGUCAAGAACAGGAGACCGAAAUAAAUAUUCCUAGUGAAGUCGAUGCUGCUGCAGAACCUGAGAACGAUACAAAGGUUAACGAAAGCGACGCGAAAGACACUUCUGAGACAGAAGCUGAACAAAUGGAGGAAAGUGGCGAUAAAAACGAGGAGAAAUCCGACGAUCAAGAGAAGGAGGAGUAGAUAAGUAAAUAUCACUUUAAAAUUAAAAGCUGGGAUUUCGCGAUGUCCGUUGAUAUUAUUCAUCAUCUUUAUUUUAUAAAGCUGUCUCUGCACUGUUCGCUUUUUCUUUUAAUCAGCGAUAAAAAAGCUUAAAAUUUAUUGAUUAUUGAAAAAUUAAACAACUCGGAUAAAGUUUUAAAAAUUAAGAAAGAAGACUACAAGUAGGCUUGCGUAGAAUACAAAUAACCGUCGUAUAAUUCGCAAAUUAUGUAUAGACACGAACGUGAAUUCAAACGUCUUUCUGUUUUCUAUUUUCGUAUUCUCGUUUCUCCUACGGGAAUUUCGAAACCAUUUUGCAUCUUCAUUUUGUAUUCUGUAUUGCUUAGUUACGCGAGAUACCUUCAUAAACCGCUUUCUUAAAACAUACUUCGUUUUAUAUCAUUUCGUUAACUAUAUUAAUUCCUACGGACAUAUCCCAGUCUCCAAGGAUUCCUCGUUGUUUUCGAAAGUAUAUGGCGGUGGGUUGACAGCGUUUUGUUGUCAAGUCGAUUUAUGGCAUAAAAGACUAUUAAAUAUUGUUCUGCGCUUUAUCAUAAAAUGUUAUUCGAAACUCGUACAGAGUUAACGGAUUAUUUUUUUUUUUAUGAUUUUCAUUUGCUUAUCCACAGUAUUGUCCUAUCUUCUCGACCCAGUCUUUCUUAUUACCUUCACGCGUAUCCUAUCUCUAAUAUUUUCUCAGUGUAGAUAUUUAUGGUCUGCUUUAUAAAAAAAGUACUAUAUGUCUCGGUUGAUUAAAAUUUGUAUAUUUUCGCACUGUUCCUUAUAAGAUUUCGCCAUUCACGCUAGAUCGCGUUCUCGUGUAUAAGAGAUUCGGUGCUCAAGAUUUUACGGUUAACCAACAUUUUUAGAUAAUACGAAAAGAUUGUCCGAUCAAAUACAAAUAUGGAAAUGAAUAAGUACGUCGACUUUUGUCUAAAAAUUCGUUUAAAGAGCUUUCGCUCAAUUUCGCCUUUUCGCUCAAUUCGUUUUUUAUCACUCUUUUAUCCUCUCUUUUCUCGUUCUAUGAAUUUAUUCAAAAUUCAUUUUAAUCGUUGGUUUCAAAAUUCACGUAACGGUCGAAAUUCGGCAUAAAAAAUAGUAAAAGAAAAAGGAAUUUCAAUAAUCAAUCAAAAUGAUCAUUAUCAUUCUUUCUUGCUUACUUUAUAUCUGUAUUCACUGUAAAAGCAAAACAAUGACAAGCACAAAUAUUUUUUUCAAGUAAAAAUACUUCUUGAACGACACUGAUGUCACGCAUUGUCGCUUACGUAAAGGGAUAUACGAAAUUAUAGAGAUUUGCUAGGAGUCCUUAUAAUUCUGUCUCAUGAACAUAUUGAUAACAAGUGUUAACAAAGGAGCAGAGAAAAGCCAGAAAAUACGUAUUACAUGUACAUUUAUCGCUUCACGCACCAUUAGAAAUCAUAAAGUGAUAGAACCGGGCGUAUCAGUUCUUAAAAAUUUUGUAGAAAUAACCUCAUUUUAAUUUUUGGAGUAUUUCGUAGUAUUGCUUAUUGUUUAAAUAAUUAUCUGGUAUCCCGAUAAUUUGAUACGAUCGUUAUUUCUCUUCUUUUCUAUUAGUCGUAUUUUGUUUACUAUUGAAUUAAUAAUUUAAAUACCGUUGUAAACCCACCUGGCUUUUACGUUGAAUUAUUUGCACGGCCUCCGAGUGGAAAAAAAGAAGCUCCAAACGAGAUGGUAAAACAUAAAAAUAGAAAAAGAAUGCUACAUAGACUACAUUUAUUACUAAUAGAAGCUAAACAUUUUUUAAUGUCCAUAUACACAGUAAAACUGAUUAAGGUUACAAGAAAAAAAGAGGAAGGGCAGAAAAAAAGUAAAGCUUUUUCAGAAUCUAAUAGGACAGGUGGGUGUAACAAUGACGUAAAAAAGAGAAGCCAAAUUGUCUUACUUUUUUUCUUCCUCUCUCCCCCUCUCUUUUGAUAAGGUUAAAUGCCUAAAGACGUGAUAGAAUUUCAACAAUGUUUUUUUUUAUACGGCAGUUAUCGUACCGUGACUGACGCUAAUAAAAGGGAAAGAGUAACGAAUGAAUAGAGAAUUAAAAAAAUGACUGUUAGACUUAAAGAAGUUCUACGAAAUAAAGUCUUAACGCAUCGCAUUAUUAUGAAAAUAUACACGCAUAUAUUUACAAGGUUCAUUAUACAUUUGAUAUGUAUCAUACGGAUCACUGUUAUAUAUACAUAUAUGAAUUUACUAAUAAAUACAUCGAUACAAGUUAA